GAAUGAACCAGGUUUUUUAGUGUGUAAGCAAAUUUGACAAAGUUACACAAUUGUUUAGUAUGCUGUUUUUGUUGUAAUCCAUUGUCGAGACUCGACAUCUAUGUAUUCCACUUUGUUUCCAUCUAAAAAUAUGUCACAAAUGCGUUAAUUGUCCUGGAGGGAGAGAGGGGGAAGAGGUUUUCAGGGGAGAGCGCAAUGAGGAAAAGAGAUCUGGGCAUCCUCAUGCUGGCGGCAAUCGCCAUAUUUUUCUGUCUGCAGAACGAAGGGGACUUUUCAUUCAGAGAAGCAUGGUUUCAUCUGACUGAGGAAUAUCCAUUCAAGAAUGAGGCUGAGCGCCUCCCUCCGCCGCUGAUAAGCGAUCUUAAUGGUGACGGUCGCAGUGAAAUUCUGGUUGCUACUCAUGAUGCAAAAAUACAGGUCUUAGAGCCUCGUGUUGGGAGUGCUGAUGAGGGAUUUAGUGAAGCACGUUUGAUAGCAGAGGUAUCUUUGCUACCAGAAAGAGUUCGUAUUGCAGCUGGAAGACGGCCUGUAGCUAUGUCAACUGGAUUUAUUGAUAGUGUUUAUAAGCAAGGAGAAAGAAGAAAACAGAUAUUGGUUGUAGUCACAGCAGGCUGGUCAGUUAUGUGCUUUGACCACAAUCUGAAAAAAUUAUGGGAGGCUAACAUUCAGGAGGAUUUCCCACAUGGUGCUCACCACAGAGAAGUAGCAAUUUCUAUAAGCAACUAUACAUUAAAACAUGGAGAUGUUGGUCUAGUAAUUGUGGGUGGAAGGAUGGAAUUGCAACCACAUCUUUUCUUAGAUCCAUUUGAAGAAGCAAUUAUAGCUGAAAAGAAUGCAGAACGUCAUCAGAGAAGUGUAGAGGAGAAAGAGGGUGUUGAGGCUGGGAAUACUAAAUUAGGUGGACAAGAUCUUCGGCACUUUUCCUAUUACGCUUUUGCCGGUAGAUCUGGUAUACAAAGAUGGAAACAUAGGAGUGAGGAUAUAGAACAUCAUUUAUCUGAUUCAUCGGAGUUGAUUCCGCAGUACAACUACAAGCUUGAUGCUCAAGCAUUGAAUAGUAGGCGUCCUGGAGAGAUGGAAUGCAAGGAGUUCCGUGAGUCCAUUCUAGGAGUUAUGCCACACCAUUGGGAAAGAAGAGAAGAUAGUAAAUUUGAACUCGCACAUUUCAGAAAACACAAAAGAAAGUCAUUGAAGAAGAUGCCUGGAAAGCAAUCAUCUUCACUUAACAUGCCAGAUGACAAACAUGUUUUUGGGAAGGAUACAAAGUCAAACAAUAAAAUUGUUGGUGCCAUUGGCAAAGCUGCAGAGUAUGCUGCUUCAUCUAAGAAAAGAAAGAGGAACCUCUAUUUUCCCAUGAUAACAAAUCAUACUCAACUCUGGUGGAUUCCUAAUGUUCUUGUGGCUCAUCAAAAGGAGGGAAUUGAGGCUAUUCAUCUAGCUUCUGGGCGUACAAUCUGUAAGCUUCAUCUCCAAGAAGGGGGCUUACAUGCUGACAUAAAUGGAGAUGGAGUUUUAGAUCAUGUGCAGGCUGUAGGAGGAGGUGGGGCUGAACAGACUGUGUCAACAGGAACAAUGGAAAUAUUGAGGCCUUGCUGGGCUGUUGCCACUUCUGGAGUUCCAGUGCGAGAGCAACUUUUCAAUGCCUCUAUUUGCAGGUAUUCUCCAUUUGGUGUUUUCCACCAAGGGGAUUUCAGCUCACAAUCAUUUGGUCACACUGCUAAUGCUGCACCUAUAGAGGUGGCGACCCCUAUACUAAUUCCCAGGAGUGAUGGGCACAAGCAUCAGAAAGGAAGCCAUGGUGAUGUAAUAUUCUUGACAAGCCGAGGCGAAGUUACCUCUUAUUCUGCAGGUAUUCAUGGCCAAGGCGCAAUCAGGAGAUGGCAAUUACUAACAGGUUCAUCAUGGUCAAACUUGCCCUCGCCUGCAGGCAUGGUCGAGGAAAAGGUUGUUCCCACUUUGAAAGCUUUGCCAUUACAUAUUCCUGGGUCCCAAGAAGUUGUUUUAGUCGCAGGUGAACAAGAGGCUACUAUCAUCUCGCCCGGUGGUAGUUUGCUUGCAUCUAUUUUGUUGCCCUCUCCGCCUAUUCUUCCAUUAUUAGACAGUGACUUCUCAAAUGAUGGCUUGACUGACCUUGUUCUUGUAACUUCAAAUGGAAUCUAUGGAUUUGUGCAAACUCGACAGCCUGGAGCCCUUUUCUUCAGUUCCUUGGUUGGAUGUUUAAUCAUUGUCAUGGCUGUCAUACUUGUUUCUCAACACUUUAACUCUACGAAAUCAAAACCGAGGGCAUUUGAGAGAAAGAGCGUUGACACAAGGUAGCAUAAAUAUCAUCAGCAUUAUGCCAGAUCAAACAGAAUUCUUUUAUUUACUUUUUUGUGACUGGAAGAGGUGAUUAAACACUCUUCACAAUAAUCACGAGUCACAUUUAGCAUAUUAUGUAGCAUCUUAUCACCCAAAAGGGCUUUGCAUAAAUUUUAGUUGUCAGUCUUCUCAGUUGAAAAGUUCCUCGAGUUUUAAAAUUUCUAUUCAUGAUUGCAUCUGAAGAACUUAUUUUUACUAGACUGCAAACAGGUGACGGAGUACAGAAUACAUCAUUUCGAGGUUGAAAAAGUGACUGAAAAAUUGAUCUCGGUCAUUGAUCCCAGCAGAUCAAGUUAACUUUUCAUUAAUAUCAAAUUUAAGGACGCGGAUUUUAUCGA